AUGACGUCUAACAGUAACACUCCAAAGACGAUAACCCCACGGCCCUCCCAGACAUCUGCCACCAAAGUAUAUGUACGCAUUCGUCCCUUUCACCCACAUGAAAUCCAACAACAACAAAAACAAUAUGAAAAAGAGGAAGUACCCCGAACAGUUAGACUGGCAGCAGAUGGAUCUCAACUAACAAUUCUCGAUCCCUCCAAAAACUUCGCCCAACGACAAACAUACGCCUUUGAACGUUGUUUUGAUGCCUCCACUGUGGAAGGGGAACAAUUGGCGGUGUAUAAUCACAUUGGGGUUCCCGUGCUGGGGAAUGUCGUGGAUGGAUAUAAUGGAUGUAUCUUUGCCUAUGGACAAACAGGGAGUGGUAAAACCUAUACAAUGAUUGGACCACACACAGUAACAACAACAACAACAAUAGCAGCAGCACAUCGAAUGCAAGCAGAUCGAACAUUUUCACAUAUGGAAAUACAAAGAAGUCCAAGAGAGAGUAAAGCUCUUACACCUACAGUAUCAGAUGAUACGGUAAAAUUAGCUGCAAGUUUUGCUGGAGGUAUGGGUAUUGUAGAAUCUACAGAAAAUACUUCAAUAGGGGAUGAAGGUAUUAUUCCACGAUUAGCACGUGAUAUUUUUAAUUCUCUUCGUCUUAAACAUAAACAAAACAGUACGCAUUCUUUUCGUGUAGAAAUGGAAUAUUAUGAGAUUUAUAAUGAAAAGAUUUUUGAUCUUAUUGGGGGAAGUCAUUCAACUGAACUCCGAUUACGUCAUCAAUCUACCCCAGGUACAGGGGCAUAUGUAGAAGGACUUGUACGUAAACAAGUAACGGAAGAAAAAGAAUUAUUACAAUGGAUUAGACGAGGAACAUUAGAUCGACACACGGCAUGUACAAAAAUGAAUGAUCGGAGUAGUCGUAGUCAUGCCAUUGUUUGUCUUCAUAUUGUACAGGUAACUUUAGAUGAGAAUGGAAAUAGUAUAAGGGUUAGUAGUAAGUUAAAUUUGGUAGAUCUUGCUGGUUCUGAACGUACAGGAGCUAGUGGUGUGGAAGGUAAACAAUUUAAAGAAGCCACAAAAAUUAAUCUCUCUCUUACGGCUCUUGGUCGUGUAAUAGAUGCUCUUGCAGAUAUUUCCUCUGGAAAGUCUGGUGUAUUUUGUCCAUACCGUGAUUCUAAUCUCACCUGGUUGUUAAUGGAUUCCUUAGGUGGAAAUAGUAAAACUUCUAUGGUGGCUACCAUAUCCGCCAGUGUCCCUCACUUUGAUGAGAUGUGUCAAACCCUUCGCUACGCCUCACGAGCUAAACAAAUUAUGACUAAAGCUGUUAUUAAUGAAGAUCCACAAGUUCGACAAAUUAAAAUGUUAACAUUGGAAGUUGCAAGACUAAAGGAACUUUUGCGUGAUCAACCACAAUGUGAUUAUACAAAUGAAGAAGUGGAAGAACUUCGAGAACGAAUUUUACGAUUGGAACAAGAAGUUGCUGAUCGUAAUUAUACCAUUAAUGAUUUAAAAACGCAGUUAGAAGAAAAAAAUGGGGUAUUAAUACAACAAUUAGAAGAAGAAAAUCGUCAGUUACAACAAGAAAUGAAAAAUUUCAAUCGUACAAAAUCCAUGGUGACGAAAUUACAAGGGGAAUUAAAGUCUAAUGACGAUGUAAUUGUAAAGUUACGUGAACAGAUAGUAACUUUAGAAAAGGAAAAGGAAGAUUUCCUCUCAUCCCGUUCUGUGGUCAUCUCACCUGGAAUGGUCUCACGUGGAGAAGAGAGAAAAAGUAGUUUAUCGUGUCUUCACUUAAGCCUCAAGACUCUUAAUGGAUUAAAACGUCUUGGUAUCUCUACUACAAAUACGGAUUACACACAAUUGUUAGAGUCUGUCACGCUGUAUGCAACUAAGGCCACAGAUAACUAUGAGAUGAUGUCUGAGAAAAAUACAAUGAUGAUUGAAUCCCACAGUCGAGCUCUACGUGAAAGUCUGAUUAAAUUGGAAUGUAAAGAAAGAUCUGUACUUGCUACCAUUGGGGAAAAACUCAUUGCAGCUCAUACAAAGGCAUGUAUGAAGGAAAAUUCAACUGUAAAGGAAGAAGAAGGAGGAAAGUCACGAGUAACAUCUGAGACUUCUUUACGGGAAAAUCUCAUUAUGAAUUAUGCAGAUAAAAUUAGAAAGAAAGACAAGGAACUUGCUAAUAUUUCAGCACUUCUUAAAUCUCAAAAAGAACAUGCACGUAUUCAAAAGGAACAAUCAACGAAACUAGAAGAGGAAAUAACACAAUUAAAAGAACAAAUGGAGGCUUUAACAGAGAAGUUUCGUCGUUCAAAAGAACAAUGUGAACAACAGCAGAAGGAGAGACAAAUUUUAUGCGAUAGUGAAAUAGGACUAAAAGAGAAAAUUGAAUCUACCCAAUCAGAGUUGUCAGUUGCGGAGGAAAAGAUGAAACUCCUUUUACAGUCUCAACAUACCACUAUUUGCGCAAUGAGUAACUUAAUAGCUGAAGCUCUUGAAGAACAGUCUCGUAUUUCUGCAGAAGAAGCGGAAGAACGUCAGAGUAUAGGACUUCACAGAGGUAAGAUACUCCAAAAAUAUCAAGAAGAAAUCAUUCAAAAAGAGAUAAAAACUCUCCAAGAAAUAUCUGCUAACUCUAUUCAAGAAGCUGAAGAAAAACUUCAAUUGUUAGAAGAAGAGAAGAAAUCAUUGGAACAACAGCUUGAACAAGGUAGACAAGAACAAUUAGAUUCCUUUAGUUUAACAACAAUGGUGUAUAAAAACCAAUCAGAUAUUAUACUUCAAUGGAUACAGGAAAAAAAACAGUUGGUAGAAACCUUAUAUAUCGAUUACAUUAAAGAUCUUCACCAGAAACAUUCAUCACUAUCACAAGAAAUUAAAACUGCCAAACAAGAAGCAGAUGAAAAAAUAGAAUGUUUAAAAAAUGAGUAUGAAAUGACAUUGACGUCACUUCACGAUAAACUUAAAGUAGAAAAAGAAGAAUAUAACGAUAAAAUGGAACACGCCAAAUCACUCUAUCAAGAAGAAUUACAAUCACAAUACACUCAACACCGUGCAGAGUUAAACGAAAUACAACAAUCUAUUAUUGAACUCAUCACGUCAACGGAGCAUCAGCUAUAUACUGCAUUAGAAUAUAAUGAAAGUAAAGAAGAGUUUUUGAUUCACCAAAUACAAAAGGAAUAUAAUAAAUAUAUCCAACAACUAGAGAGUCAGAUAAAGGAUUAUAUCAACUCGACAACUGCUCUACAAAUGGAGCUAACGGAAACUCAGAAUACCCACCUUGAAGAAAAACGUUUACUUCAUGAACAACAAGCAAUGACUACUGCACAACUGCAGGACAACCUCCAACAAACUCGUGAUCAAGCAUCUGAACAGCUGCAACAACUCCAAGAGAAUAUGAAAAAUAACGUAGAAAGACUAGAAGAGAUUAUUAUAAAAACUAAAGAAGAGAGAGAUUCUGCGUUAAAAAUAUCAUCAGAAAAGGAACAAAUGCUCCUGAGUUUAGAAAAUCUAUUAAAAGAACAGAAUACGCUUUACACUACACAGAUUAACUCCAUUGCAGACACCCUUGGUGAAGCUGUGGAGAAACUGCGUGCUGACCACACGAAACUUGUGGAGGAUACAAGGCAACAGGCCGCUGAGGCUGAGCGUCUCCACGAGGAGAAACUGUGCUGCAUGCAGCAGGAACACACGCUUGCCAUUGAUACGCUGGAGCGUAAGGUUGAAGUUGCUAAAUCCGUGCUUUCGCAGCAACGUGUGGAGGCGCAGCGGGAGUUGGAAUCUCUGCGUGCUGCAAGUGCUGCCCAAUUGCUGAGCCUGUUCGAACUGAGCAGUGCACUCAUCGUGGAGCACUCAGGGGAACGACAGGCAAUCAUGAGUGAAGAGGAGGCGGUACGAGUGGAGCUUGUGGCUGGGUGGCGGGACGCGGUAUCACGGGCUGCCCACAGCAGCGACACGGGACGACUGUUGCUUGAUGAGCACAUGUCAUUUGCGAUGCACUGUGCUGCAGAGCACGCAUUGCGGGUGGAGGAGAUUUGUGCGGCACUUCUGGAAACAGAGCAGGAACUGCACUCAAUGCAACAGGAGCGGCUUGCAGCUUGUAUUGGCGCUGAGAUGCACGAGCGACAGGCCCUUUUGACGUGUGAAGAGAAUGAGCGACACUCCUUGUACUGCACACUCCAACAGGAAGUGCGUACCCUCUCACUUCAGCAGUGGUAUGAUCGGGUCAUGGAUGGCAAGGUGAGACUCAUGAAUGAGCACGUGGGUACUUUGACAGGCACCCUUGGUGAAGCUGUGGAGAAACUGCGUGCUGACCACACGAAACUUGUGGAGGAUACAAGGCAACAGACCGCUGAGGCUGAGCGUCUCCACGAGGAGAAACUGUGCUGCAUGCAGCAGGAACACACGCUUGCCAUUGAUACGCUGGAGCGUAAGGUUGAAGUU